AUGUUCCUGGGAAUAGUCGCCCGUGCAAGCAGGCAUGGGAUCACAUCGAGCCUCUUGAAAUGGCUCGUAGUUCUCAGCUUCCCCGCAUUCUUCCGUUUCGCAGCAGGGUUAGGUUCCAAGGGCGAAGACACAAUCUUAUCCCACCUGCAGUGCAUUCAACGUCGAAUCUUGGGACUACCCGCUCCUCAUUGGAUAACGCCGUUUGCCUGUGUUCUGGUUUCGCAUUUCAGUCUCCCUAUUCAGAAUCCUCCAUCCCGGCGUAUGGCUGGCUAUUGUUAUCAAUUCGAGUCAUCUGCGGCCGCCUUCAGACCGACUAUCAACACAGCAACUGCAGCAGGUUGUGCGGGACGAGCAACGCAUGUUGUGCCUAUCUUUCAGGCGAUCUGGCUUGUAUCGAUGAACAAAAAUUUGAUGGGGCAUAGCAAUAUCCACUCUCAAGUUCAAGAUGAACAUCUCGCGAACUCGACGAAAACACAUGCCAACCGUACCCCUGUUCCAAGCCCCACAAGGGUAGCUCUGAAAGUGCGAUAA